CGGAUCGGUGUAAAGAAGUGCAGCAGAUCCGAGAGCAGCACCCGAACAAGAUCCCGGUCAUCAUCGAACGCUACAAAGGGGAGAAGCAGCUGCCAGUGCUGGACAAGACCAAGUUCCUUGUCCCAGACCAUGUCAACAUGAGUGAGCUGGUCAAAAUAAUCCGGCGUCGCUUGCAGCUGAACCCCACCCAGGCUUUCUUCCUGCUGGUGAACCAGCACAGCAUGGUGAGUGUGUCUACCCCCAUCUCAGAGAUCUACGAGCAGGAGAAGGACGAGGAUGGCUUCCUCUACAUGGUCUAUGCUUCCCAGGAGACCUUUGGCUACUGAGGCCAGCUGAAAGGUGGCUCACGGAGACAGACGAACUGUGGCUCACAGGCCCCCAGCCCUGGAAGACAACACAACCAGAGGCUCACAAGAUGGGGACUCUGCUGACCCCCUUCCCAUCACCCUGUCACCAAAGAGGCUCCUGGCGUGUGCUGACCUUCUCCAGCCCCUCCCCUCCGUGUCAUUAGCCCUGCUCCCUCCACACCCUGCUCCCACCUGCACACAUCCCUGCAGCCACCCCCUGCACACGGGGCCUCAGCUCCCAACCCGUCCCCUCCCUGCCCCCCAGCUGCUCUCCCUGUGCUGUGUUUGUGUGGCUGCAGCCUGCUGCCAAAGGUUUGGGACGGGGAGAGGACAGGGCACUGCCACCUGCGCUCCCAGCAGGGGCAGAGCUGCCUCUCCUCCCAGACACUGCUACAGGGCAGGAGGUCUGCAAAGCAGCAAACAGAUGUGCUCUUUGCUCCUGAGUUUUAAUUGAUUUUAAUUACACCCAUAUCAGAUUCUUGGUGCUACUGAGUAGAUGUAGGUGUCUCUGUAGGACUGUGGAUAAUGUAUAGCCCCUAGAUUUAUGUUACUGGGUUGGUUGUUUUUGUUUUGUUUAUUUGUUUGGAGGGUUGUUGGUUUUGGUUUUAUUUUUUUAAGGAUAGGUUGGAAGAGGGGGGGAGGGGGGGAGUGUCUUUCCUGUAUUCUGUAGGUAAAUAAAGCAGGCUUCAUUGCACUUUAAAAACCAUAGUAGAUGUCAGAGUGGAAUUUACUUUUAAUUUAUACAGGUUUGCCAUGUCCAGUGCUGCUUCUCUGUUGAUAGCUGCCCCUAGCUUCUCUCUUUCUUCUUCCUUCUUUUUUUUUUUUUAGAUUUUAUUUAAUAAAACCAUUUCCCUUCUCUUUGUCUCCCCAUUGCAUGCAGUGUGGCAGAGUUGACUCAAGGAAUGUACCCCUUUAUAUUUGCUCUGUUUCCCUUUCUGUUUCUCAUGUAUUAUACCAAAAAUAAAAAAAUUAAAAAUAUGUAUAUGACAAAAUCCCACCCAGUUGGACCUCUACAAGGGUAUAUAUAUAUAUAUAUAUAUAUAUAAAAUA